AUGUCUUCCACCACAUUCAUUUGUAUUAUCUGUUCCGAACCUUUGACUUCUGAUAAUAUGUUUUCAAUUUCAUGUGGUCAUGUUUUUCAUGAAGAUUGUAUGACUCAAAUAAUCUCUCAAAAAAAGUAUUGCCCUCAAUGUCAAAAAGUUGCAACAUUAAAAGAUGUUCGGCAAUUACAUUUACAACCUUUAGACAAUAUGCAGACUAAAUCUGAAUCAAAUAAAAUUAAAGUAAGUUGGAAGAUUUAG